UGUAAUGCUGGUGGUUUUUACAGAUAAAAUAUACUACGAAAUUAUAUCGAUCGACUAUAGGAUUUUGUGAAUAAAUACAAUGUGUGCGUCUCGGGACGCCCUACAGAAGUGACAAUCUAAGUUGAACUAUUUAAUUCUGUAAUGAUCCAAGGAUCAUCUGCUUCAUAUAUCAUAUUUUUUAUCGCUUUCAAAAACGGUGAUAGUUUAAGAUGCUUACUGUCAACAGUAAAUGUCUAACACACUCAAAACACUAAAUAAAAGAGAGGAAAGCGUCUGUCCGAAAUACGGCUGGCUCUGCGGGUUAGAGUGAGAGAGGAGGGGGAGCCUGUCUAGAGCUGCCGUAUGCAUGCGAGAAAGGGGAGCUAGACAGACUGGCGCCGUAACGCGUUACGUAACAAAUGAGCGCAGCGUUUUAAUAUACAAACAAAACAAUCAUGAGGCACAAUUCUAGUCCCCAGAUUCAUUAAAAAACGCAAAUAUCAACCGCUUUAUUCGACUACUGUGAUUACUACGGGUAUCUAAAGUAUUAACAAACAUAAGAUCAUUUGAUCGCUUUAUCACCUAAGUGCAUUGUUCUAUUUACGGAGGAAUAUAAUUUACUUCGGUUUUUGACGGCGAUAUAGAAACAAGUGAACAAUGAAAAUACUAGAGAAAUGUCGCCUUAAAGAAAUCGUCAAUAAAAUUGUGGAAAAUUGUAAUUUAACACUGUUAACUUAUGAAGAUCAAGAAAAUAUAAAACAGAUAGAAAAUUACUUUGGACUGUUGAUUCCGUUAAACAUUGUUGGACUCGAUAACUCUGAUAAAGAAAAAGAAGUUAACGUUAUGCUCAAAUUGAAACCUAAUAAAAUGGAUGAUAGAAUGAAAGCAGUUUUAGACUAUUUAUUUGAAACGGAACAUUAUCUGUAUAGCAGAUUGGUACCGAUGUUUAGACAAUAUAAUAUUAGUAUAGAUGAAAUCAUUCCAACAUGCUAUUACGCUGACCUACAACUGGAAAACGAAGUAAUUGUCCUACAAGAUAUGACAUAUAAAGGUUACCGACGUUUUUCUGGUGACGGGUUCUUUGAUUACGACCACGUGCUUGUGUCCUUGAAAACUCUUGCUAAAUUUCAUUCACUUUCUUAUAUUUUAUUAAAAAAUGGUAAGAAACCAGAUGACGAUAUUAUUUUAAAACCGUACACAAAUACCUACCCCGCAGAACUGAACCUGGCUUUAAAACUAUCUUUGGAUAACCAUAUAAAGUAUUUUAAUGGAAAUAAAUAUGAAUUUAUAAAAUCAUUGAGGAAAAGGUAUGACUUAAUAAGAGGGGACGUUGUAAAAGGAACCAAAUGUCUUGUCUAUGCCCAUGGCGAUUUUUGGAAAGAAAAUAUUCUAUUGAAAUAUGAGGCAGGCAAACCAAUACAUGCAUGUAUAGUUGACUUUCAAACAGUACAAUAUAUGAGUGCAUCUCAGGACUUUCUCAACUUUCUUAUAUCCUGCACUGACACUGAAACCAGAAAGGAAUAUUUCGAGGAAUUCCUAACGAUUUAUCUCGCGACUGUUACCACAACAUUACGUGAAAAUGAUGUGGAGUUAUCAUCAUUGAAGGAAAAUUUCAAGCAUGAUUUGAGACUAGUUGCUGAAAACUGUAUUAUUCGAUCUUUUAUGGCCUUUGCGCUGUGGUGUGGUUUGGAAGAAGGGGGUGAAACCUUGUUGACGAGUAAAAAUACUAUAAACAAAAGCCAAGCUAUUUCACGAUUUACAAAAAUAAUUGGUGAUGUUCUUGAUGAUCUUAAUCAGGUGGGCUUGAUAUCAUUGUAAAGAAAAAAAUAUUUGUAUAUCCAAUGCAUUACUUUCUAUAAUUAACAGUAAUAUAGUCCCGUUACCAACGUGUCGUCCUAAACAGACGUUAGUUUAAGUUAUUUAUUGUAUACAAUCGCGAUAAAAUAUCUGCUAAAGUAUACUUUACACAGCUUGACGGACGUUAAUCAUAAGCUUACUUCACCUUGUAAUUUUGACUACGACCAAUAAACGGAGCAUUUCAUAA